AUGUCGGGAUAUCCAGGCGGUGGUCAACGCGACCAGUACGAUGAUGGUUAUGGCCAUCAACAGGGAGGCAACCAGCAACAACACGGUGGAAACACUGACUCCUAUUACCAAGACGAUCAGUACUACGAUCAAGGCUACGAUAAUCGUGGCCCCAAUAAUAACAACAACAAUAACAACAACCAUGACGGCUACUACGACGAAUCUGGCUACUAUAAUGCCGACCCGAAUAACCCCUACCAGCAGGAUGGAGGGUAUUACGACGGCCACGAUCAAUACCAAGAUGGAUACUACGACAAUGGCCAGGGUGGCUACUAUGAUCAGGACUAUGACCGUGGCUACCAAGGCCAAGGAGGCCGUCAGGGCUCUGAGGAAGACUCCGAGACUUUCAGCGACUUUACCAUGAGAUCGGACAUGGCUCGCGCCGCUGAAAUGGACUACUACGGCCGGGGCGACGAACGUUACAAUAGCUACAACGAUGGACAACGUGGCUACCGACCUCCUUCCUCGCAAAUCUCGUAUGGUGGGAAUCGCUCUUCGGGUGCUUCGACCCCUAACUAUGGCAUGGACUACGGUAAUGUUCUCCCUGCUGGUCAGCGAUCCCGAGAGCCUUACCCGGCCUGGACUUCGGAUGCCCAGAUUCCUUUGUCCAAGGAGGAGAUUGAGGACAUCUUCCUCGACUUGACCUCCAAGUUCGGUUUCCAGCGUGACAGCAUGCGCAACAUGUACGAUCAUCUGAUGAUUCUUCUCGACUCUCGAGCCUCGCGCAUGACCCCAAACCAGGCACUUCUCUCGCUUCAUGCUGAUUACAUUGGUGGUGACAACGCCAACUACCGCAAAUGGUACUUUGCUGCUCACCUGGACUUGGAUGACGCUGUAGGAUUCUCCAAUGCUCAGGGCAAGGGCUUAAAGCGCAAGAAGAAGGGCGGAAAGAAGAAGAAGAAGGAUGCCGAAGCCAAUGAGGCCGAGACCCUACAGGAGCUUGAGGGCGAUGACAGUCUCGAAGCUGCUGAGUACCGCUGGAAGAGUCGCAUGAACAAGAUGUCUCAGCAUGAUCGGGUUCGUCAGAUCGCUCUGUACCUACUUUGCUGGGGUGAAGCCAACCAAGUUCGUUUCAUGCCCGAGUGCUUGUGUUUCAUCUUCAAGUGUGCGGAUGAUUACCUCAACUCUCCCGCUUGCCAAGCUCUUGUUGAGCCUGUCGAGGAGUUCACUUACCUUAACAACGUCAUUACUCCUCUCUACCAAUACUUGAGAGACCAGGGAUACGAGAUUUCCGACGGCGUGUACGUCCGCCGUGAGCGCGACCACAAGAACAUCGUUGGUUAUGAUGAUUGUAACCAGCUAUUCUGGUAUCCCGAAGGUAUUGAGCGCAUUGCCCUUCAAGAUAAGAGCAAGCUGGUUGAUGUGCCUCCUGCUGAGAGAUAUCUCAAGUUGAAGGAUGUCAACUGGAAGAAGUGCUUUUUCAAGACUUACAAGGAGUCUCGUUCUUGGUUCCAUCUUCUCGUCAACUUCAACCGUAUUUGGAUCAUUCAUUUGACCAUGUUCUGGUUCUACACCUCCCAUAACGCUCCCAGUCUUCUGGUCGGACCAAAGUACGAACAGCAGGUUAACCAGAAGCCCUCAACGGCUAAACAAUUCUCUAUUGUCGGUUUUGGUGGUGCCAUUGCAUCGCUUAUCCAGGUUCUCGCUACUCUUGCGGAAUGGGCUUAUGUUCCUCGUCGAUGGGCUGGUGCGCAGCAUCUCACCAAGCGACUCCUGUUCCUGCUCUUUAUCUUGGUUCUCAACGUCGCUCCUGGUGUAAAGGUUUUCAUGUUGCCAAAACUUGGCCCUGAGAAGAUCAACACCGCCAUUGGUAUCGUUCACUUCAUCAUUGCUGUCAUCACUUUCAUUUUCUUCUCUAUCAUGCCCCUUGGAGGUCUAUUCGGCAGCUACCUGUCUACCAAUAGCAGACGCUACGUUGCUAGUCAGACAUUCACUGCUAGCUGGCCAAGACUCCGUGGCAAUGACAUGGCAAUGUCCUAUGGUUUGUGGGCAACAGUAUUUGGUGUGAAGAUGGGUGUCUCGUACACUUACCUGAUUCUUUCGUUCCGUGAUCCCAUCCGAUACUUGAGCAUCAUGAACGUUGACUCUUGCCUGGGCGACAAGACCCUCCUUGGCAAUCAACUUUGCCGCUGGCACCCGACAAUUGUCCUCGCCCUGAUGGCAUUCACUGACGUUAUCUUCUUCUUCCUCGAUACUUACCUUUGGUAUGUCUUGCUGAAUACCGUCUUCUCGGUUUCACGAUCGUUCUAUAUCGGAUCCUCCAUCUGGACACCUUGGCGUAACAUCUUCUCUCGCCUUCCUAAGCGUGUUUACUCCAAGGUUCUAGCAACGACGGACAUGGAGAUCAAGUAUAAACCAAAGGUUCUUAUUUCUCAGAUUUGGAACGCCAUCGUUAUUUCGAUGUACCGUGAGCAUCUUCUUGCGAUCGAACACGUUCAGAAGCUUCUUUAUCAUCAGGUUCCUUCUGAGCAGGAGGGCAAGCGAACGCUUCGUGCACCUACUUUCUUCAUUUCUCAGGAAGAUCACUCUUUCAAGACCGAGUUCUUCCCUGCCUACAGUGAAGCUGAACGCCGAAUUUCGUUCUUUGCGCAAUCUCUAUCGACUCCCAUUCCUGAGCCUCUGCCUGUUGACAACAUGCCUACCUUUACGGUCAUGAUUCCCCACUACAGCGAGAAGAUCCUUCUUUCUCUCCGUGAAAUCAUUCGCGAGGAUGAGCCUUACUCUCGCGUUACCCUCCUGGAGUAUCUCAAGCAGCUGCACCCUCACGAGUGGGACUGCUUUGUCAAAGAUACCAAGAUUUUGGCCGACGAAACCUCACAAUACAACGGUGAGACGGAUAAGAACGAGAAGGAUACCGCCAAGAGCAAGAUCGACGAUCUUCCCUUCUACUGCAUUGGUUUCAAGUCUUCCGCACCCGAGUACACCCUCCGCACUCGUAUCUGGGCGUCUCUUCGUUUCCAAACCCUAUACCGCACCAUCUCUGGUUUCAUGAACUACAGCCGUGCCAUCAAACUCCUCUACCGUGUCGAGAAUCCCGAGGUUGUGCAGAUGUUCGGUGGUAACACAGACAAGCUCGAACGUGAGCUUGAGCGUAUGGCUCGUCGCAAGUUCAAGAUCGUCGUUUCUAUGCAGCGAUUCUCUAAGUUCAAGAAAGAAGAGAUGGAAAAUGCUGAAUUCUUGCUCCGCGCCUACCCUGACCUUCAAAUUGCCUACUUGGACGAGGAACCCCCGGUUGCUGAAGGAGAAGAGCCCCGACUUUACUCAGUUCUUAUCGACGGCCAUUCUGAAGUUAUGGAGAACGGCAUGCGACGCCCCAAGUUCCGUGUUCAACUCUCCGGCAACCCUAUCCUCGGUGAUGGAAAGUCCGACAACCAAAACCACUCUAUCAUCUUCUACCGUGGAGAAUACAUCCAGCUCAUCGAUGCCAACCAGGACAACUAUCUCGAGGAGUGUCUCAAGAUUCGCAGCGUUUUGGCCGAAUUUGAAGAGAUGAAGACUGACAAUGUUUCCCCUUACACUCCUGGUGUCAAGAACGACGUUAACUCCCCUGUGGCCAUUCUCGGUAUGCGAGAAUACAUUUUCUCUGAGAACAUUGGUAUUCUUGGAGACAUUGCUGCCGGUAAGGAACAGACAUUCGGUACUCUCUUCGCUCGAACGAUGGCUCAAAUCGGCGGUAAACUUCAUUACGGUCAUCCCGAUUUUCUCAACGGUAUUUUCAUGACAACGCGUGGUGGUGUCUCCAAGGCUCAGAAGGGUCUGCAUCUGAACGAGGAUAUUUACGCUGGUAUGACUGCCAUCCUUCGUGGUGGACGUAUCAAGCAAUGUGAAUACUUCCAGUGUGGUAAGGGUCGUGAUUUGGGUUUCGGUUCCGUCCUCAACUUCACAACCAAGAUUGGUACUGGUAUGGGUGAACAGUUCUUGUCCCGCGAGUACUACUAUCUCGGCACUCAACUUCCUCUCGAUCGAUUCUUGUCCUUCUACUAUGCCCAUCCUGGUUUCCAUUUGAACAACAUGUUCAUCAUGUUCUCUGUUCAGAUGUUCAUGAUUACGAUGGUCAACCUAGGAGCCCUUCGCCAUGAGACAAAGGCUUGUGAAUACAACCGAAAUGUCCCCAUCACCGACCCUCUCUACCCUACUGGUUGUGCCAACACUGAUGCACUCACCGACUGGAUUUACCGAUGUAUCGUUUCCAUUCUUUUCGUUCUCUUCCUCUCUUUCAUCCCUCUUAUUGUUCAGGAGUUGAUGGAGCGUGGCUUCUGGCGCGCCUUCGUCCGAUUGAUGAAGCAAUUCUGCUCGCUCUCGCUCAUGUUCGAGGUUUUCGUCUGUCAGAUCUAUGCGAACUCUGUGCAGCAGAACAUUUCGUUCGGUGGUGCGCGAUAUAUUGGUACUGGUCGUGGUUUUGCCACGGCCCGUAUUCCUUUCGGUGUCUUGUAUUCUCGAUUCGCUGGACCAGCUAUUUACUUCGGCGCUCGUUUGCUCAUGAUGCUUCUCUUCGCGACCCUUACUGUCUGGAAGGGUGUGUUGAUCUAUUUCUGGAUCACACUUCUUGCUCUGACAAUCUCGCCCUUCUUGUACAACCCUCACCAGUUCGCAUGGACUGAUUUCUUCAUCGACUACCGAGAUUACCUCCGAUGGUUGUCCCGUGGUAACUCCCGAAGCCACGCCUCGUCUUGGAUCUCCUACUGUCGUUUGUCUCGAACUCGUCUCACUGGUUACAAGCGAAAGGCUCUAGGAGAUCCCUCUGCUAAGAUGUCUGCAGACGUUCCCCGAGCUCCGUUUGCCAACAUCUUUUUCAGCGAGAUUUUCUCUCCCCUGAUGCUUGCCGUUGUCACGAUUCUGCCUUAUCUGUUCAUUAACGCCCAAACUGGUGUCAAAAAUGCCCCUCAGAAGGACAGCGUCAAGACCAAGCCCCAGCCAACCGACUCUCUGAUCCGGCUACUUAUCAUUGCCUUUGCUCCCAUUGGUGUUAACGCAGGUGUCUUGGCUGCUAUGUUCGGCAUGGCCUGCUGUAUGGGUCCUCUCCUCAGCAUGUGCUGCAAGAAGUUCGGUAGUGUUCUCGCCGGUAUUGCUCACGCUACUGCCGUCAUCUUCUUGCUGAUCUCCUUCCUGGGUAUGUUUGUUCUCGAGGGCUUCAACUUUACCCGCACAUUGGCUGGCAUGAUCGCCGUGACUUGCAUCCAGCGCUUUUUCGUCAAGCUCAUUGUGUCUCUUGCCCUUACCCGUGAAUUCAAGGGUGACACUGCCAACAUUGCUUUCUGGACCGGAAAGUGGUACUCCAUGGGAUGGCACACCAUCUCUCAGCCUGCUCGAGAAUUCCUCUGCAAGAUCACCGAAUUAUCCAUGUUCGCAGCCGAUUUCGUUUUGGGUCAUUGGUUGCUCUUUUUCAUGGCACCUGUUAUUUUGAUUCCCAAGAUUGACAUGCUCCACUCGAUGAUGCUGUUCUGGCUUCGCCCAAGUCGCCAAAUCCGACCUCCCAUCUACUCGAUGAAACAAUCCAAGCUCAGACGCAGACGUGUGGUCCGUUACGCCAUUCUCUACUUCACGCUUCUCGUCGUUUUCAUCGCUUUGAUUGCUGGCCCUAUUGUGGCUGGCAAGUACAUGCCACCCGACACGAUCAGCAAUGCCCUCGGUGAUAUUGCCGGCUUCAGACUCUACCAGCCUAACGAUCUUAAUAACGACAACACCAACAGCACUAUGGCUACUGGUACAGGAAUGCAAGGCUACACCGGUGCUGGCCUUACGAAGACCAAGACUGGCGCUGAUGCCUCGGCAACUGGCAAGAUCAAGCUGUUCUAG